UCAGGGGGGGCGGCGCGGGGGCGCGAAGGUAACCCCGCGCCGCGCACCGCGCGGCGCGGGGCGCGAAGUGCGGUGGCCUGGGGGUUCGCCGGUGCUGCCUGACGGGCCCGCCCUUUGGAUUUGGACGGCUCGGUUCUCGUGGGGUGCUUGCAGCGGGAGCUCGCGUCGAGUUCCAGAUUGGGGCUUGCUCGUUUUCCGGAUGGCCCCGCCAGGCUUACCCGAGUCCCCCGAACCCGAGUCUUGCGUCUCCCCGGCACAUGUGCGUGCCGCCGACGAUGCCCACGCCGUUUGUGAAGAAGGUCGUCCGCCAGGGCUACCGCCGGCGGCCUGCCCAGGACGGCGACGCGGACGCCGCUGCAGCGGCCCGCGAGCCUUGCGAGCGCCGGGCCGACGCGCCCUGGCUGGGCUACGCGUUCGUGACCUUUAGGGACGGCGCCGAGGCCGCCGAGGCCCUGGCGCUGCUGGACGGCAGGGCGGCGGAGGGCUGGACCAUCCGGGCCCAGUGGGCGGAGGAGCAGCACCAGGGCGGCCCGAAGAAGGGCCGGAGGCUGGGCGCCCGGCUGGCGGCGGGCCACGACCCGCCCCUGGGCGAGCAGCUCUUUCCCGCCGCGCUGCAUGGCGCCGAGCUCGCCGCCGCCCUGGAACGCCACCAGAGGGCCGCCGGCGUGGCCGUGGCCCCGGGCAGCGAGCCGUGGGUUGUUGCCGAGGCGGCCAAGGCCUUCUACCGGCGGCACCCGAGGGCGGAGACCCGGGUGGCUGGGCAGCCCAUCCCCGCCGCGCUGCUGCUGCCCCUGCUCGCCGAGUUGAGGCGGACGCGCUGGCCGCCGACGCACCACAGGUCUGGCAUGCAGGCGGAGCAGUAUCUGGUGCUGUUCCGAGGCAAGCGCAACGACGGCUUCGAGGCGCUCAUGGAGCUACUGGCCGUUCUGCUGGAGUGGGCUGAUCCCGCCUACGGCUGCAACCGCAUCGCGGUGACGAAGGACUUCCAGGGCUCCCCGCACAUCGACGGCUCCGACGUCACGUUCCAGUACGCGGCAAGCCUGGGAGACUUCGAGGGCGGCGGGGAGCUGUGCGUCGAGGGCGACCAGCCCGAGCAGGUCUUCGUAGUCGACACGCGCAAUCGUAUGGCACGGAUUGAUGGGCGUUAUGUCCACUGGGUGCGUGGAUACGGCGGCGAGGAGCGCUACUCCGUCAUCUUCUUCGCCACCAAUCCUGGGUGUGCCACCGAGAGGACGAGUCCGUUCCAUGCGGACUUUGUGCCGUUUGGCUCGCCAGAAGAAAGACAAGCGCGCACGCGCAAACGCACUUUUUGGCGGUAGCGGCCUCGCGCGCAGCCACGAGGCGACGUAAGUAGAAACGAAGCGCGCGGACGCGGUUGAGCCUUCAAG